UAUAGAUAUCUUUUAGUCGUCAUUUGGACAAGACUAAAAAAUCACUCGGAUCAUGAAUUCAGAUCAUGAGACGACUGUUAGCCAUCUUUUCGUCGACUUAACAAUGUCAGUAAAAGAUGUCUGUGACAAGAAAAUGUUUAGUUUUAGUAGUACUUUUAGACGACUUAGUGCUGUGUGGGAAGAAAGUAUUAAAACGGCCAGCUGUGGAUAAAUUUUCGUUAAGAUUAAAUAGUAUACAUAAUGAUAACUUUUAUUAUGCACUAAAUACAACUGAUGGUAAAGGUCUGCCUGGUCUGCCAAUUGAUGAUCAUCGAAUGCCAGGCGAUUGCUGAUCUCAAGCUUUCCUCUGCUGCCGCUGCACAUCGAUGAGGAUGAGUCUUCGCUUUGUUACAUCAUUUUUAAUUACUGAAAUACAGAUUACCUUCGUCGUUUUAUCUAUUCGAUCGAAGGAUACGCCUUUUUGAAUGAGAAAUAACCUCGUGUACUCGAAUUCACAUUUCUAUAUAAAGACCGAGAAAUGUAUUAGAUCGAGUUCAUUUUUUGAUUCGACUUUGUUAGCUGAAGAUUAUGGAAUUCAAGCUAGGAUUGAUUCUUAUGUUCACCCUCGCAAAUUGCAUAGCAUACGAGAGAUAUCCGUAUGUACGACACAAGGAACGGUUGUUUUACAACCGACGAUACAGCUACCAAUAUCCGCGCUAUCAAUCAGGCGACGAUGAAAUUCCCGGUGUAGCUGGGAUAGAUUAUCCGAUCUUCCGUCAAGUUCCGUGGACGCGAUUCGAAUGCGAACAGCAACCACAUCCGGGUUAUUAUGCCGACCCUGAGACUGACUGUCAGGCUUUCCACAUCUGUCAACACGGUGGUCGUAAGGAUUCGUUCCUUUGUCCGAACGGUACGUUAUUCAAUCAGGAGAGACUGGUUUGCGCGUGGUGGAACACCGUGGAUUGCUCUCGCGCUCAAAGUUUCUACUCCAUUAACGAGGCAGUUGCAAAAGCAAUGGAGGAAACUGAUAGACGCAUCAAAGUAGCUCCUGAAAAGAAGUUUUUCCGAGAUUAUUAUCAGCGUGGCUAUAACAUUGAAGCUGGAUCUUGGAAUAAAUACAAUUGGCAAGGAUGGAACAAAAACGACGCAUCAUUUCGUUACAAUCAAAAUUGGCAUUUUAUUGGAAAACCUUUUCACGAAGCACCUGCGAGAAGGAUUCUUCCACCUAAAUUUUUCCCUAAAUUUUUGUCAAACACAAGCACUCGUUAUAGCAAUUCCUCGCAGAAAUUGAAUUACACGAUCGUCGGUGGUGAAUUUGACAAACAAGCGACGAGGAACAACUUUACGACACCAGCUAACGUUUACCUACCUGCAUCCUGUAACUAGAUAACGUCGUGAUAAGAAACGUGUGCUAUGUAUGUCAUAUUUAAUAUUUUAAAC